AUUUGUUAAGGAUAUUUUCGUCAUUUAAUUUUACUCUAGAUGUCUAUACCUGACAGUUCCCUUGCAGCUACAUUCUCAUAACAAACUUCCACACAGCUCAUAGUCAUAAAAUUCUCAGAAUCCAUGGAUCCUCAUAGGGCUGAAUCCCAGACCGAAACAUCAGGCGUGAAGAUUUGCCACGUCGUGGCCCUGCCUUAUCCUGGUAGAGGACAUAUCAAUCCCAUGAUGAACCUCUGCAAGCUACUCAGUUCAAGACAACCUUAUCUUCUGAUGACAUUUGUUGUCACUGAAGAGUGGUUUGGCAUCCUCCGUUCCGAAACCAAGCCCGAGAACAUCAGGUUCGCUACUGUUCCCAACGUUAUACCCUCGGAGCUUGAUCGUGCCAAGGACUUUCCGGGCUUUUUGGAAGCUGUGUUCACAAAGAUGGAAGCUCCUUUCGAAAUGCUACUUGAUGAGCUUCAGUUCCCAGUAAUGGCUAUCAUAGCCGAUAGUUCCAUGCCUUGGGCUGUUGAUGUUGGCAACCGGAGGAACAUUCCAGUGGCUUCGCUUUGUACAACGUCUGCAUCUGUAUUUUCAGUUUUUCAUCAUCAUGAUCUCCUCGUUAAAAAUGGGCAUUUCCCGGUUGAACUUUCAGAGCGAGGAGACGAGACUGUGGACUACAUCCCCGGACUUCCUUCAACAAAGCUAGCUGAUCUUCCAACAGUUCUGUAUGGAGGGGGAAGACGAGUUUUGCAUCGGGUCCUGGAAAGUGUUUCAAUGGUGUCAAAAGCACAAUAUCUUUUCUUCACUUCAGUCUACAAGCUCGAAGCUCAAGUCAUUGACAGCUUAAAAACGGAAUUCCCUUUCCCUGUCUACCCCAUUGGACCAUCCAUACCCUACUUUCAAAUCAAAGACCACAAUUCUCCACUAACCACUAGUCUCAAUGCUCUCAACUACCUCAAAUGGCUGGACUCUCAGCCUAGUUGCUCAGUCUUGUACCUCUCAUUGGGAAGUUUUCUAUCAGUUUCAAAUGCCCAGAUGGAUGAAAUUGUGGCUGGGGUGCGCAGUAGUGGUGUUAGGUAUUUAUGGGUAGCUCGUGGUGACACUUCCAGGUUUAUAAAUGGGAGGGAUGAUAAGGGGAUUGUGGUGCCUUGGUGUGACCAAUUGAGGGUGUUGUGCCAUUCUUCCGUCGGGGGAUUUUGGACACAUUGUGGCUGGAAUUCUACUCUUGAAGGGGUUUAUGCUGGAGUUCCAAUGCUUACUUUUCCAAUAUUUGCGGAUCAAGUUUCAAACAGUAAGCAAAUUGUAGAGGAUUGGAAGAUAGGAUGGAGUGUAAAGAAUAAAGCGGUUUCGAGUGAAAGUUUGGUAAAAAGAGAAGAAAUUUCAGAGCUAGUACAAAAUUUUAUGGAUAUAAACAAUGGUGAGAGGAAGGAGAUGAAUAAAAGAGCUAAAAAACUUCAAGAAAUUUGUGAAGCAGCAACUGCAGAGGGUGGAACAUCUAUAAAAAAUAUUGACGCUUUUCUUGAGGAUAUAUCACAAAUCCGCUCAACAUAAAGCAUUUAAGUUUAUGUACCCCUAUGUAGUGGAUUAGACCAUCGUCACUACUCUUUGAUACCUUUCUUUUUAUAAUAAUAGUAAGCUAAUAAUAAGCUUAAUUAA